AUGGUUCUAGGGGAUGAAACAUUUUUCGUGAUAGAGCUGUGUGAGACUAAGCACAAUCAGGGCGUCGGGUUUGACACUCAAUCUCAUCAUUUAGGUCGGCUAAAAAAGCUGGCGUACGAAUACAUGUUGAAGGGUAUCCUUCAAGUAUGGUGCUUGCGGAUAUAG